AAUAGGCAACUAUUUCUAAUAGAAAUGGUUGCCUUAAAAUAGAACUUGUUUUAUAAUAGGCAACCAUUCCUAAUAGAAAUGAUUGCCUAAGAUUAACCCUACAUCUAUGCAAAUCAUCGAAUCAGAUCAGACGAUCGACCUCGACUUGGCCUGGUGAACGAAAUACUCCAUCGAAUCAGAAAACAUCCAUCGAUCUGCCGACGUCGACGCUCCUUUCGACCUGCCGUUGCUCUCGCCCAGCGACCCAUCGCCACCACGCGAUCUGCGCCCGUCCGAUCUGCUCCCAUCCGACCUCGAUCGACGCUCCGUUCCGAACGCCGCUGCUAUCGCCCGGCGACCCACCGCCACCACGCUGUUGGCGGAGACCACGUCCACGACUCACCGCGACGCACCGCCACACGCACAGCACCACGACGCGCCGCCAUCCCCGCCGGCGCCACUGCCGCCUCCCCUUGCCGACGCACAGCAAAAAUUAGGAUUUCUCUUGCUGUCAGUGUCCUACCAUCUGGAAAAUCCCAAUAAUGGAUCAGUAGAGAAGAAAGAGGGUGGAACAUUGUUGAGCCAUUUUUCUAGGGUUUUGCGCACAAUUCUGGAGGAGUUAAUCUCACCUCCAACUGUUGGAGCUUGCCUUCAAUGCUCAUGCUUUGGGAGCUUUAGCAGAGGUUGCUGGACCUUGUCUUGAUGCCCCCCUUGGGUACCAUCCUUCCUGCUUUACUCACUGCAAUGGGUUAUACUGUAGUAACCUAAUUUUUAUGCCAUAAUGCCAUUUACUUGGUUUCGUCUUUCACAUCAUUUAAAUUUUGAGUCAUUGCUUAAUUUGAUUUGUGUUUUUUUAUCAUUGCACAAUUUGCAUGUGUCAUGCUUUCAUCUUGAAAAUAUCGGAGGUUCAAUGUCUUGCCAAGAAAGCAGCAGAAACUGUUGUCACUGUAAUUGGCGAGGAAGGUAUCAAGUCUUUGCUGUUGGGGCUUCUCAAAGGAGUUGGAGAUAUUCAGGGCUUCAGUCAGACAAAGUUCUGCAUACUUUAUUGGAUAUUUAUUAAAAACCAGUUAUCUAUAUCUUGUUGAUGAGGCUCCAAAUGUGAUAUCCACCCUGAUUAUUUUACUAAGUGAUUCAGAUUCAGCUACCUUGACGGAGAUCCAAAAGCAAUACCUUGGACUCACCUCUCCCCCAUGAGAACUGCUGCUGAUGUCCAAGCUGGAGAUGUAUAUUGCUGGCCAAAAAAUUUGGGAUGGGUGAUGGGGCCAACUUUAGUAUAUGCUUGCUUUUUGACUGGUGCAACUCUGGUACUCUAUCAUGGAUCUCCUUUAAGCCGUAGUUUUGGAAAAUUUGUUCAGGAUGCAGGCGUAAGUAUUUUGGGCACCGUUCCUAGUUUGGUGAAGGCCUGGAAAAGCACAGACUGUAUAAAAGGCCUAGACUGGACAAGAAUAAGGGUAUUUGCUACUACUGGAGAAGCCUCUAAUGUUGAUGAUGACCUAUGGCUUACUUCGAGGGCCUACUAUAAACUCAUUGUGGAAUGUUGUGGUGGCACAGAGCUUGCAUCCACCUACGUUGCAGGAAGUCUUUUGCAGCCACAAGCUUUUGGAACAUUUAGCUCAGCAUCUAUGGCUGUUGACUUUGUCAUCCUUGAUGAAGAUGGCCAUGCUUAUCCAGAUGAUAAAGCCUGCAUUGGUGAGGUCGGUUUAUUUCCUAUCAAUUUCGCAGCUAGUGAGAUCCUACUGAAUGCUGAUCAUGAAAGUGUAUACUUCAAGGGAAUGCCAGUGCACAAAGGAAUGCAACUUAGGAGGCAUGGUGACAUCCUUAAAAGAACUGUUGGUGGUUAUCUUGUUGUAUAAGGGAGAGCUGAUGACACAAUGAAUCUUGGGGGUAUUAAAACAAGUUCAGUUGAAAUAGAGCGUGUUUGCAAUCUGGCUGACAGAAAUGUUGUCGAAACAGAUGCUGUCAGUGCAUCGCCAGCAAAUGGUGGUCCUGAACAGUUAGUUAUUUUUGUGGUGCUCAAAGAAGGAUUUAAGAUUGCACCAGAAGAGCUGAAGACAAAAUUUUCAAGAGCCAUACAGAGCAACCUUAAUCCUUUAUUCAAGGUGAGUGCUGUAAAAAUUGUUCCAUCAUUUCCACGAACAGCUUCAAAUAAGGUACUGAGGAGACUUUUAAGGGAUAAAUGGAAGCAGGAGCUUCACACAGAGUAAACUUUAACUCACUAUCUGGAUGAUGCAAGAGACAUGGUACUGGCCUGUUGUGCAUAUUGAUGUCUACAUAGUUGGAAGUUUAGUUUAUCAUACAUAUAUGUGUGUAUGGUUGUUGUAUGAUGACAAUGUAGCUUGCUUUAUGAUCUGUGUCAGAAAAUAAAGUUCUAGAAGUCUCAUGAAUAAUCUUUUUGCACGUACGUGUACAAGAAUAAUCUGUGUGCUAUGACUGUCUUUACCUGCCUAAAAUUUAUGAUUCAAGAAAGCAUUAUAAAA